CUUAACGCUGGAGAAAAGCCGGAUAAAGACGCGUUCGCUCUAUGAAGAUUCAGAGUCGGACAAUGAGGACCUGAUUCAACCGGAGUGUGACGUGGAGGACAACAGAGUGGAUUACCUCGUCCUAGAUCAAACAAUGGAAGAUGAAGAUGAGGAGGAGGAGGAUGGUGAAGAUGAUUACAGACCACGUCCAUCAACAUCCAUUGCUUCUCCCACCUCUCAGCCACAGUCUCCCCCUUCCUGUGACAGACUCCACCCCCCCUCAGCCAGAUGAAGACAUGGAUGGUGACGAAGGUUACAGGACAGAGCCAUCAACAUCCAUCACCUCUCCCACCUCUCAGUCACAGCAAGGCUGCUCUACUCAACAGAUGUCUGCACCUGUUCCUCAGCCACAGUCUCCAUUUCCUGUGUCGGACUCCAUCCCCCCUCAGCCAGAUGAAGAGGAGGAAGAAGAAGAAGAAGAGGAGGAAGAAGAAGAGGAGGAGGAGGAGGAGGAGUACAUGGAUAUGGAUGAUGAUGAGGAGGAGGAAGAUGAGGAGGAGGAGGAGUACAUGGAUAUGGAUGAUGAUGAGGAGGAGGAAGAUGAGGAGGAUAUGGAUGAUGAUGUUGAGGUUGAAGAAUACACACCGGGGCCAUCAGCAAGGUCACCAUCCCCAAAGAAACGCCGUCUCAGUGAGUCUGCCACUUCGAGAUUGAGAGAGGAUGAAGACUGGGACGAAGAUCGGUGGCAUAACGGAGAAGAGACAGAUAAACAACCGGAUCCACUCAGGUUCACGCCCACCAGGAAGCCUGGCCCCACCUUUGAUACCACCAACUCAUGGUCUCCUCUUUCACUUUUCCAGCUGUUUUUUAGCACCUCUGUUGUCCGCACCAUCAUCACCAACACAAACAUUAAUGCUGCCAAGAGAAAGCUGGCUGGAUUCAAGUUUCUUUGGAAACCUCUGACAGUGAAAGAUUUCUAUAUUUUCCUGUCCAUUAUCAUCUACUCUGGGCUUGUAAAAGUGCAUACCAGAUCUGACUUUUGGAGAAAGGAAUGGCCAUACAACUUCCGAUUCCCUGGAGAUACAAUGUCACGGGAUCGCUUUGAAAGCAUCCUAUGGUCCCUGCACCUGAGCGACCCGGCAGAAGACGAAGAUAACGACCGCAAGAAGAACACUGCAGAGUACGACCGACUCUUCAAGAUCAAACCCUUGUACACUGAGAUAGUGAAUGCCUGCAAAGUACACUUCCAGCCUUAUCGGAACAUUUCCAUAGAUGAAAGGAUGGUGGCUACUAGGUCUCGCAUAAGUAGGAAGCAGUACAUGGAGGCAAAGCCCAGAAAGUGGAGGUACAAAUUAUUUGUCCUUGCGGACUCCUUAACGUCCUACACGUGGAAUUUUUUAAUCUAUGAUGGGAAGAGUAGGAACAAUUCAGGCAAGGGUUUGAGCUACACUUCAGUAAUGGACCUUUUGCAAUUCCCAGUCCUCGGUCGCGGCUACACACUGUUUGUCAACAAUUUCUAUUCCAGUGUUGACGUCUUUGAGGAAUUGUCCAGACAAAACAUUGGUGUAUGUGGGACAAUCAGAAAAAAUCGGGUUGGCUUUCCGAAGACCACAAAGAAUGACCUGCCAAAGAAAGCUGAAAGGGGAGAUAUGCGGUGGAUACGUCAAAACAAACUUCUGUUUGUAAAAUGGAUGGACGCGCGUGAAGUGACGAUGUGCUCCACUGUGCAUGAAGCAUUUAGCGGACAGACUGUGAAGAGGAGAGUGAGAAAGGCUGGCGUGUGGCAGACCAAAGAUGUGCCCGUUCCCGAUGCUGUUUUAAAGUACAAUCAGAGCAUGGGUGGCGUGGAUUUGUCCGACGCUUUGACUGGCUACUACACUGUGCACCAUAAAACUCUGAAAUGGUAUAAGACCUUCUUUUACUAUUUUAUGGACAUCGCUGUGGUCAACAGCUUCCUUCUUCAUAAGGAACUAUACAAAAGGAAGAACCAUCCCAACAUGAAAAGGCUUUUCAACCAGAAGCUCUUCAGGGAGACACUCGCUUCAGAAAUGCUGAAGUUUGCCAAAGCUUCAGAACCACCUCCAACACCACCAGCAACCUCCUGCAUGCCUGCAUAUCAUGGAGACGAUGGUACCCAAGCCAGGAGGUACUGCAAGCGAUGUCAAUCGGCUGGCAUCAAAAGGAUGAAGACACCUGUGUACUGCACGGCGUGCCGGGUCUCUCUGUGCUUCACUUCUAAAAGGAACUGCUUCAUGGAGUGGCACAAGAAAUCAGAUUAAAUGAGAGCAGUUGAACCCCUUUUAUUUCUUUUGUUGGCCAUGGGUGGAGCAGAGGACACUUUAUUCAUUGAAAGUACUUUUCUUUUUUUUUUCCCUAAAUUUUCCAUCCAUGGACCUAAAAUCCAAAUGUUUGGAUAUGUUGACAUAUUUGAAAAUACGUAAACACAUGUUGCAUUGCGUGUAAAAAAAACCUUUUGUGAUAUAAGUGAGUUUAAAAGAAUUUUAGAGUUUAGUCCCUGAGAAAUUUCAAACGGCACAAACGAUCCUCAGAUUUCCAGUUUGGAGAUUCCGCCCAAACACGCCUUUGCUAAAAACCUCACUAACGUCUGUUCUGCUUCACUUUAUUAGAAUCAGUCAGGUAAUGUUCAGAUGUUGUGCUGUGGUUUAUAAGAGGUUUUGGGCUGUAAUUCCAUAAUUCUGAAGGGGAUAUUCUCUCUAAAAAUGUACAGUUUGAAAUCUUUCAUUUAUGCAGUGUUCCAUCUUCAUUUACUCCAACUCAGUAGCAUCUAUACUUAUGCUUACCUCUGCUGAAACCCCACAAGUGUUAUCUCUAAUAUGAUUAUUUGUAUAGAUCUUGCAGAGGUAUACUAAUAUUUGAGUAGGUGUCUGAGUCAGAGGCCUAUGGAGUAAAAAUAAUAUAAACUUGUAUGGAUAUUUUAUAACUAAUAACCAAUAAUAGCUCUUGUAGAGCACCACUUUUAGGUGCCUACAGAACAGAAACAUCAGCGCCCAUCUUCUCUUUCAGCUAUUCGGUCACUGCAGUGUGCAUUCAGUUGCUAGUCAUUUGCUAUUAUAUAGCAUAUCCUAACUGUAUUUGAACAUGUAUACUUGAAGCCUUGAACUAGGAAGUAGGAACCAAUGUGCAGGAAAAUAAAUUGUCAUCAAAUAUUAAAUGCGAAAUAUACUGUGCAAAAGAUGUUUUUCAGCUCUGUGUGUG